UGGCGGGAUGCGGCUGGUGGCUUGGCACGUGCGUCCGGCUGCACUGGCUCCCGGUAGCGUCGAUCUGUUAGCCCUGUCGCAGUAUCGAGUGCCGCGGUGUUGAUGAUGAUGGGAGACGCGAUGAUGAGCAGAGAUGGGAUUGAGAUCUACAUCUAAUCAAAAGUAAAUAUGAAGCAUAUAGUAGCUUCGACGACUCUCUCGUCGGGGGACUGAGUACCGCAGCCUCGUCGCGACUCUGGCAGGAAACAUCACACCGCUGCCCAACCAGCCACGUCGAAAAAAAAUCCGUUGUCCGUCCAACCUCAUCGACCGCCAAUUCAUCAUCAUCAACCCUCGUUAAUCGUCAUUAUCCUCGAGAUACCCACAAAAUCUCUCCAGAUUCCACGCGUCCACCUCCACAAACACCGCCAAUCACCAACCGCCUCACCAUGGUAACCCUCCGCGCUCCAUCGUCCCUGCCGUCCACCGAACCGUCACCCUCGCUCGCACCACCCACUCUGUCAUGGCUAUCGGGUUCCUGGAAUGUAACCCACUCCACGCUUCCCAUGUGGAAGAAGUCGCGCAAUGUGCGCAUCACAUACACGGCCAUUCCCUCCACGCAGCCCGCGCAAAUCGACGACGUCGUCACGUACCAAUCCUUGGGCUCUGAGAAGAUUAAGACUGUGCAUGGUGUGGACAAGCCGUUUGAUGUGCCAAACACAGCAUCAACCCCAGAUGCAGAGGGGAGUGAGGCUGUAGCAAAUCUAGGAUACAACUGGCGUGGCAAGGGAUGGUUGGUGAUUGCAACGAGCAAGUGGGAAAUACUAGGCUAUGGUGAUGAGGAGGGCACAGGGAACGGUUGGGUCGUCACGUACUUCGCGAAGACACUGUUCACGCCUGCGGGCGUAGACUUCUAUUCGCGGAAUGGCAACCUGACGCCUCAGACGGUUGAGAGUAUCAAGGCCGGACUUGCUGGGCUGGGUGGUGAGGUCGCAAAGUUGGCAGGCGAGGUAUUUGAGGUGAAGAUGGACGGAGACAGGAAGGACUGAGCAUGGAUAUUUUUAGCGAUUUGAACAUUCAGCUGUAUACCCCGGGCAUGAGAUGAGUUCCAUCAAAUUCUUGAUACGAAAAGACACUCUAGCGCAGGACAGAAACCCCCUUGUUCUAAGGAGAUGUUGCCACAACGUCUAAUAUCUCUCCACCUACCUGUGGUACCUAGGAGGAUACAUACUA